GUUCGCAAUUGUUGUGGCUGCGGCGGCGAUUUUGCCCACGUACUUCCGAGCAAGGGGCGGGGCUGUGCCCUGGCGCGCGUGCGCAGCGCCCCGGGGCCCCACCCGGUAGUGCAAGAACCUGCGAGGGGGCGGAGCGAAGAGGUGCUUGUUUUGGUUCUGUUUCCUUUGAAGCAGAAGGCCGGAACAAGCGUAGCAAUAAAUUUGCUGGACUUGGAGAGAAGGUUCCGACAAACUCGCCGCAUUGCCUUCAUCUUGGACUUUACAUCCGGGUUCUCCUCCCGGCGUGACCCGCGCGCCGCCGCCGCCGCCGCCGAGGGUUCUCGAACCGGUGCCGCGAUCCCUUUAUCCGGGUUUCGCCGUUCCCGUCGUGCUUAGCGCACUACACUAGCCCCCCUCAUCCGGGUUCUCUCCCGGCGUGCCUCGCGCCGGGUUUGUUGGGGGGUACUCGGUGGUGCAGCCAUGACUAUACUCCCCAAAAAGAAGCCGCCGCCUCCCGACGCCGACCCCGCCAACGAGCCGCCGCCGCCCGGGCCGCUGCCCCCGGCGCCGCGGCGCGGCGGUGGUGUGGGCGUGGGCGGCGGCGGCACGGGCGUGGGCGGCGGCGAUCGCGACCGUGACUCCGGCGUCGUGGGGGCCCGUCCGCGAGCUUCGCCACCGCCUCAAGGCCCGCUACCAGGACCGCCGGGCGCACUUCAUCGCUGGGCGCUGGCCGUGCCGCCUGGUGCAGUGGCGGGUCCCCGGCCACAACAGGCUUCUCCACCUCCUUGCGGGGGCCCAGGUGGUCCCGGCGGCGGUCCCGGCGACGCGCUGGGCGCAGCGGCGGCGGGUGUGGGUGCCGCGGGCGUGGUGGUGGGUGUGGGUGGUGCCGUAGGCGUGGGCGGCUGCUGCUCCGGGCCUGGGCACAGCAAGCGGCGACGUCAAGCUCCUGGGGUUGGCGCGGUUGGCGGGGGCAGUCCCGAGCGUGAGGAGGUCGGCGCAGGCUACAACAGUGAGGACGAGUAUGAGGCGGCUGCAGCACGCAUCGAGGCUAUGGACCCUGCCACUGUCGAGCAGCAGGAGCAUUGGUUUGAAAAGGCCCUACGAGACAAGAAGGGCUUCAUCAUCAAGCAGAUGAAGGAGGAUGGCGCCUGUCUCUUCCGGGCUGUAGCUGACCAGGUGUAUGGAGACCAGGACAUGCAUGAGGUUGUGCGAAAGCAUUGCAUGGACUAUCUGAUGAAGAAUGCUGACUACUUCUCCAACUAUGUCACAGAGGACUUUACCACCUACAUUAACCGGAAGCGAAAAAACAAUUGCCAUGGCAACCACAUUGAGAUGCAGGCCAUGGCAGAGAUGUACAACCGUCCUGUGGAGGUGUACCAGUACAGCACAGAACCCAUCAACACAUUCCAUGGGAUACAUCAAAACGAGGACGAACCCAUUCGUGUCAGCUACCAUCGGAAUAUCCACUAUAAUUCAGUGGUGAAUCCUAACAAGGCCACCAUUGGUGUGGGGCUGGGCCUGCCAUCAUUCAAACCAGGGUUUGCAGAGCAGUCUCUGAUGAAGAAUGCCAUAAAAACAUCGGAGGAGUCAUGGAUCGAACAGCAGAUGCUAGAAGACAAGAAACGGGCCACGGACUGGGAGGCCACAAAUGAGGCCAUUGAGGAGCAGGUGGCUCGGGAAUCCUACCUGCAGUGGUUGCGGGAUCAGGAGAAACAGGCCCGCCAGGUCCGCGGCCCCAGCCAGCCCCGGAAAGCCAGCGCCACAUGCAGUUCGGCCACAGCAGCAGCCUCCAGUGGCCUGGAGGAGUGGACUAGCCGGUCCCCACGGCAGCGGAGUUCAGCCUCAUCACCUGAGCAUCCUGAGCUGCAUGCUGAAUUGGGCAUCAAGCCCCCUUCCCCAGGCACUGUUUUAGCUCUUGCCAAACCUCCUUCGCCCUGUGCGCCAGGUACAAGCAGUCAGUUCUCGGCAGGGGCCGACCGGGCAACUUCCCCCCUUGUGUCCCUCUACCCUGCUUUGGAGUGCCGGGCCCUCAUUCAGCAGAUGUCCCCCUCUGCCUUUGCAGGUCUGAAUGACUGGGAUGAUGAUGAGAUCCUAGCGUCGGUGCUGGCAGUGUCCCAACAGGAAUACCUAGACAGUAUGAAGAAAAAUAAAGUGCACAGAGACCCGCCCCCAGACAAGAGUUGAUGGAGACCCAGGGAUUGGACACCAUCUCCCAACCCCAGUACUCCUGCUCUCCGGUGCCACCUCACCUUCUUUGGCUUCUUCCCUCUUGCCUCCUUCUGUUCUUUCUGCUCUCCCCCCUUUUCCCUCCUUCUCACUUCUCUCUGGCUAGCCCACCCCUGCGCUCCCUCUCAUUGCCGCUGCCACUAUCACCUGUCUCUCUGCCAGCUGACGUGCCCUGUUGCCCCCCCAACCCCACACAGAACCAUCCCUGCAUUCCACAGGGGACUCGGGCAAGGGUGCCGAAGAUAGACGAGAGGCACACAGAGACAGACCAACUGGCAGCCAGGCAGCCCCAGAGGAGAGAGACAUUCAGACAGAGGAAAGUCUCCCUGCCCCUCAUUCCUUCCAAGAUGAGAAAAACUUGCCCUCCCCCCCCACCCACACUCAUGCCAGGGAGGUGGGAGGAAGAAGUGGGAAAUUUCCCUUCCCAGUACCCCAAGAACGUCUGAGCCUUCAAUGUUGAAUUUUUUCUUUAUUAAAAUGUACUUUUAUCUUAUAAAAUCAACUAAUCAAAAAUGAUAUAGACGACAGCAGUGGCUCUGUGAAGGUGGCAUCUCUCUGGGCAGGCAGGCCAUGGGGCAUGGAGGAGGGCACAAAGAUGUGGGUUGCUGUCUUCUGGCCUCCAGCUGCAUGGAGGCCGGCCCAGGGUCUAGGGUGUGCACUGGGCAAGGGCAGGGCAGGGCGGCAGGUGUCAGGCCGGCUUGGACAAUGAAACCCUGACCUUGCUGCAUUCCUUUUGCUUCCACCACCACUAGCCUCUUUGGAAUCUUGGGGUGGGGGACAUCUUUGGGGAUUAUGGCUGCCACCCGGGAUUUGAGUUAUAAGGAGUGUGGGAGCAGCUUUGGCAGAUGGGGCACCCGUGCCCUGCAGGUGUUGACAAGAUCCACCAUCUGUAAUGUCCUUGGCACAAUAAAACCAAAUGUCAGUUUCCCUGA